UUUAUAUAAAAGAUCACUGUAUCGUUAGUGGUUCUCUGUGUUGUGUUCAUGGAGGAGGUGUUAAUACUGGGUGCAGGUUGAGUCAUCUCGUGUCUGUAAACGUCAGCAAGAUUAUGGUCAUAAACAGUAGACAGAGACAUAUAUAUGUUCAAGUUUUGGACCAGAGAGUAAUAUACGCAGUUCCGGGAUUUGCUUGGUGACGGGUGAGGCUUCCGAGUCAGUUGACAGAAUGUCGCGACGGACACUGAUGCAAACAACCAGUGUCUACAGUCCCUACUGUCGUAGUACCUCCCAGAGUACUAGUGCUUUCUGCAUGCACACAAACCUAGAGCUUAUUCAGUGUAGCUGCGGAGAAGAGGAAACAGACUUUGCUUGGGUAUGGAGCACAUGUGAACAAAGUGGCCAAGCAGGCAGUAUCCUCCUUGAUUGUGAUGACCGGCAGAUCUCAUUCAACCCAGCGUACAGUUCAGGCACUGCAGCCAUCAGAGGAAACGAAAUACUUUCCCCAGGUCACCACCACUUCUGGGAGCUCAAGAUGACUUCAGAUGUUUAUGGUACAGAUGUUAUGAUAGGAGUUUGUACACCAAAAUGUGACUUGAGUCAUGGUAUCAGCCGCUUCUGUUCUCUACUGGGUCGAGAUAAGGAAUCUUGGGGGUAUUCUUAUACAGGUAUUAUACGCCACGCAUCCCAGUUUCGUCCGUAUGGACCACGAUGGGGUAAGGGAAGCAUUGUAGGAAUUCAUCUGGACAUGUGGCGUGGCACCCUAAAGUUCUUCCUUAACAGGAAGCCUCUAGGCAUAGCCUUCACUGGACUACAGAACUUAGAACUGUACCCUGUCGUUACCUCUACAUCAGCUCACUCAGGGAUGAAGUUGGUCACUAGUUGUAUAUUUCCAGCAAAUCUUCAGUUUCUUUCAUCUGAGGUUGUGCUUAAGCACAUCUGUGAGAAGAUGAAAGUACGCCCUGAGGAUCUUCCACUACCUCCUGGUCUUCGUUCAUUCAUGGAAGACAACUAUUGGCCUCCCUUAUGUUUUAUUGGACUUUCAGAGGAAACUGAUGUGAAAGAAAAACCAAAAUGGUUUACAGUUAAUCGAAAACACCCUUCUCUUGACGAUCCACCAUGCAUGCGACGUUUUAAAAGGAGUACUUUAGUACCAUUUUAUGAUAUAAUCUCAUUAGGUUCUUCAUCUGAUACUUCUGAUGAUGAUUCUUAUGAUGAUAUUUGCCCUCCUUCUUCUCACUUCAGUCCAAGAGUUUUCUCACAACAAGAGUUUGGUAAUCUAUCACAAGCAUCAUCCACUUCAUUAUCUCUUGGGAAUUCAUCUUCCCAGGUUGCAUUACCAGAAGAACAACCUGCAUCUGAUCCUUCUUCUAGAACUUCAACAGAUACUCCAGGGGUCUGUGACAAAGCUUUGUCUAGUCAAUAAGUUGUAGCCUCAUUUGAAUAAUACAAUUCUGGAAAUAAGAAAAUCUAGAGGUCUCAGAAAUAUGGACCUUUUGAAAACUACUGCAAUAUUAAAAAACAACUGCAAAAACAGCUCAGCAUUGCAAAAUCACAGCAAAAAAAGCAAGACUACAGAGAGAUUUAGAAAAAGGAUGGCCCAAGUGAUGAUAAAUAUUCCGAUGAAAUUAUGAUGAUCAGUAAAUUCACAGAAAAAUUUACAAAACACCACAAAACAGAGUAGCAGAAUAGUGAACAAAAUUAUCGUGGCUGCCAUGUUGUUUAUGUGCGGAAAGCUGUGAGGUCUGGCUCUUACUACUGAACCUCGCGAUUUCAACAGAUAGUCGAGCCCAAUUUUUUACUGAUGAAACUUGGUUUCACUGACCUGAUGAUGUUUAGUUUAAUUUGAUGAUUAUUAUCCACAGAACUUUGGAGACAUUACAAUGUUGUAUUAAUUUAUCCAUGAAUUAAAAAUUCAAUUCAUCC